AGGAUUCCUUUGGUUCUUACUUACCAUCCUUUAAACGAAAGAAUCAAGAGAAUCCUACUUCGUAAUCUCAACAUCUUGUCGAGUGACCCUGAAACCAGAGCAGUCUUUCCGCAGCCACCGCUGGUCGCCUAUCGCCGUGACAGCAACCUCCGUGAUAUCCUCGUGCAUACUUCGGAUAGCAGCCAAUCCGGCUAACACGCUCGCUACCGCACUUGCCAUUACAUUUCUGGCGACACUAGUGUCCGUGGCCCUCAAUACUCUUUGGUCAUCAAGAAGGCGUUCUCUUGCCAAACGUCUGGCUUGGUCUACCGCAUCUCCUGUCGCCGUUGCCCUGCCGUCUAUAUCGGCGAAACAGAGCGUACUUUAA